AUGUGGUCUAUGCUGCCCUGGUGGCCCAAGUCGUGGAAUCCGUUUUCGCGAUGGCAUACCACGUCUGCAUUCGAUUAUGAUACUAUCCUUGCGCGGCUCACCGAGGAGAUUGAGUCUGUUGAGGCGACACUGCUCGAUAUCAAGGUGCGAAGGAGUCGAGCGACGCGGUCGGUGAUGCGGACAAUGCUGAGCAUCUGGGUCGGCUUCCUGGGCGUGUUUUGGGGAUACGCAUGGGUCAUGCACAGUAGUGAGCGUGCUUGGUACCGUACCGUUCUCCUGUUAGGCCUUGUGCUCGGCACGCCAUUGUUUCUCGCCGUCCUGUACCGCGCAAUCUCACUUUGGUUUGGGCGGAUGGAAGGUGCACAGGAAAGCCAUUUGAAUGCGCUGCGCAGCCAGCGGCAGGACAAGAUCAACGAGAUUAAGAAAGCCACUGACUAUGAACAUCUGCGUGUACUCCUAGAUCGCUACGACGAAAAGCGACAAGAGGGGCAGGCCAAACCUGCACAAGGCACAGAUGCGCCACAGACACUGCACAAGCGGCUCUCUUUUCCAGCAUUGCGCAGCAAAUCGUCCAAGGAGCAGCUGCAGCGAUCACGCACACUACAGUCGCAACGAACGAUUGCGACGGAGCCGAAUAAGCAAACGGGCCUUGCGCCUGCCAUUACCGGGCUUCCCAUCAUGGGUGUGCCGAGCACGCCGGUACAACGCGGCUGGCUCGACAAGAUUGCUGAUACGAUCCUCGGCACGGAUCCGUACGGCGUCUCGGCGGAAGAGCAGCAGUAUGCGUUGAUAUGCCGCCAUUGUUUCCGGCACAACGGUCUCGUGCCGAAGAACGAGCUGGAGGAAGUCCGUGCGUAUUUGCGUGUCUAA